AUGCUGGCUCUCAGUAUUAUCUUGUGUGUCCUAUUGGGCACGUCCUUGGCCUUUGCCAUAGUCGAGCUGGGCCUCUCAGCUUUCGUUGCCGCCGCAUAUUCUGGCACACAAAGAGUCACCACCUGGAGCGCAUAUUCGGGCUAUUCCUAUCGUCAAGUCGACGUGGAUCCUCCGGCUAUCCUGGUCUUCCUUGUUUUCUCUUCAGUUUGGACUAUCCUUGUGACAGUCGCCGCCCUAGUACUGCCCUGGUACUAUAAUCGCAAGGGUUUCGUGAGCGCAAAACUCAACACUGUCCUCGCCGCUAUCUUCGUGGCCACUUAUUUCGUCACUAUGGUAUUUUGGUUGGCAUGCUUCGCUGACCUCGCCAGUCUGCUUGGUGGUGCUACUAGUGUAAACCCCUACUACAAUGCCGUGCUUGCUUUUGGCGUGCUCCUUUGGCUGAUUUUUCUUGCCCUUGUCGUAUUCACCAUUCUUGCCAUGUGUGGCGUUUUGGUGUCUGACUGGGCUGGAUACCAGUCUGUCAAGAAGGAGAACGGGGGUGGUGUGUCCCAGACUAGCGCUGACCCUGCCCACCCAGUGCCGAUGAGUGCGAAUCCUAUAGUCCCACUGAAGCUGUGA